AAAGCGGUAGCCUAUCUUUACCAGAUAAAUUGAGUCCUCUGCCGCAAAAUACCAUCUCAACUACGACCCCCUAGGGUUUAUCUAGGGUUUCCCAUUUUCUACCGUUCCUCUCUUUGUAUUCCGCCAAUGGCGAAGCCGACGAGAGGCCGCCGUUCUCCUUCUGUCUCCGGCUCCGGUUCCUCUUCCCGUUCUCGUUCACGGUCUAGGUCUCGCUCCCGCUCUUAUUCCGGUUCAGACUCCAAGUCCAGUUCUCGCUCUCGCUCAGUGUCCCGCUCCAGAUCUGCUUCCCCGUCUAGCUCUCGUUCUCGCUCCAGAUCUUUAUCCUCUUCUCCUUCUCGUAGCGGUAGCUCUCGAAGUCGCAGUCCUCCUCAGCGUCGAAGUGCGACUGAUGCAUCUAGGCGAGGUCGUUCCCCUCCUCCGCAAUCUAAAAAAUCAUCUCCUGCUCCGAGGAAGACUUCUCCCAUCCGUGAGUCUCUGGUUCUUUACGUCGACUCACUGAGCAGGAAUGUUAAUGAAGGUCAUCUAAGAGAAAUAUUCGGUAAUUUCGGUGAAGUUGUAAAUGUGGAUCUUGCAAUGGACCGUGCUCUUAAUCUUCCAAGAGGAUUUGGAUAUGUUGAAUUCAAGACAAGAGCAGAUGCUGAAAAAGCUCUACUUUACAUGGAUGGUGCCCAGAUUGAUGGCAAUGUAGUAAGAGCGAAAUUCACACUUCCUCCACGACCAAAAGCUUCUCCGCCACCAAAGCCAAAUCCUUCUGCUACUACUAAAAGAGAUGCUCCCAAAUCUGAUAAUGUCAAUGCUGAUACCGAGAAGGAUGGGCCAAAACGACCACGGGAACCUUCUCCUCAACGGAAGCCCCCGCCUUCACCACGAAGGAGAUCUCCUGUGGGCCGAAGAGGUGGAUCUCCUAGACGACCACCAGAGUCUCCUCGUCGGCGGCCUGAUUCUCCGGUUCGUCGUCGUGGUGAAACACCUCCUAGGCGCCGACCUGCCUCUCCUGCUAGAGGUCGUUCUCCAUUGUCUCCUCCAAGGCGACUUCGAUCUCCAGCAAGGACCUCUCCGCGUAGGAUGCGUGGCAGUCCAAUCCGAAGGCGUUCUCCACCCCCAAGGCGCCGUUCACCUCCCAGACGACCUCGUAGCCCUCCAAGAAGGUCUCCCUUCAAUCGUAGACGUAGCCCUUCUCCAAUUCGUAGGCGGAGCCGUUCUCCAAUUCGCAGGCCUCUUCGUUCUCGUUCAAGGUCAAUCUCACCACCAAGAGGCAGAGGACCUGCAGCACGACGUGGGAGGUCAUCAUCCUAUUCCCGAUCACCCAGUCCCCGAAAGGCAGGACGAAGGGUUUCAAGGAGUCGCAGUCCUAGGAGGCCAUUGAGAGGAAGAAGAAGCAGCAGCAAAAGCAGCAGCAGUAGUUCGCCUCCUCGGAGGCCGUAGAUUCCCUCAGCUGAUUCUCUAUUUGUUGUGUGAAUGAUGUAAUAGGGGAGUCAGUAUCGAGUUGCUUCAGAAUAAUACUUACACAUUGCAUCUGUGAUAAUACUUUAACUGCCUUUUAACAAAGUCUUGAUGAUGAGUUUGUGAGUAUUGAUAAUGAGUACAUUAUGUAUGAAAGAGUUUGUUUCCCUAAA